UUAACCGUUAUCUCCACUCUACCUUCACGUUUGUAUUUUAACCGUACAAAACAACACAGACUGCGGCAAUUCCCAACAAAUUCACAACCUGUGGCGUCUGAGUGGGAACGUUACCUCCAGUUGCCUCGUUCAGUACACGUACAGCGUCAUAAAAAAAGGUAGUUUUGACGGACCUAGCAUGACGCAGACGGAUUUUCACGGGAGCCGCUGUCAAGUUUACGUUGGCUGCUGUUGACAUAAGCAGCCUACGGUAGGAGACGGUUACGGAGGGGCAAAUCCGAGUCACAAGACUUCUUCACUGAGCUGGACGGAUAACUUGUCUUCCUUACAGGAUUUGGAGGGAUGGAAAACCCCGAGUACCGUACCGGGAGCUUUGAGGCCCUUCAUCACCCCAGUGACGAUGAUGAUGACGAGAUGGUGGACAUUGCAGGGGCCACGCUGGACUUCUCCUCCACGGAUGAUGUCCCUCCUCUGAGCUCAGGAGCUUACGAUGAGUACAGCAGCUGCAGCGGCAGCAGCAGAGCAGCCGGUAUGAACGGUAACGGCCCCGGCAAUCUCGUGGACCCACUGGAGGACCCCGUGCCUGGACUGGGCACCUACGAAGACUUUAACACCAUCGACUGGGUCCGAGAGAAGAGCAAGGACCGAGACAGACACAGAGAGAUCACCAAUAAGAGCAGACAGUCGACUGUGGCUCUACUGCACAGCGUUAGUGAUGCCUUCUCUGGUUGGCUACUCAUGCUGCUGGUGGGACUCAUGUCAGGUGCUCUGGCAGGUGGCAUCGACAUCGCAGCCCAUUGGCUCACAGACAUGAAGGACGGAGUGUGUCUUAUCGGCUUCUGGUUUAAUCAUGAGCACUGCUGUUGGACGUCCAAUGAGACAACGUUUCAGGAGAGGGAUCGGUGUCCACAGUGGCAGAGUUGGGCUGAGCUCAUUACAGGGACUUCAGAGGGUGCGUUCGCCUACAUAGUGAACUAUGUGAUGUACAUAUUCUGGGCCUUACUCUUCUCUUUCCUGGCCGUUAUUCUAGUUCGGGCUUUCGCUCCGUAUGCCUGUGGCUCAGGAAUACCAGAGAUCAAAACCAUCCUCAGCGGCUUCAUCAUCCGUGGCUACCUGGGGAAGUGGACUCUGAUCAUCAAGACCAUCACCCUGGUGUUAGCUGUAUCCUCAGGGCUCAGUCUAGGGAAGGAAGGCCCUCUGGUCCAUGUGGCCUGCUGCUGCGCUAAUAUACUGUGUCAUCUCUUCACCAAGUACCGAAAGAAUGAGGCCAAACGGCGAGAGGUUUUAUCAGCAGCUGCAGCGGUUGGGGUGUCCGUAGCUUUCGGUGCUCCCAUAGGAGGAGUUCUUUUCAGCCUGGAGGAGGUGAGUUAUUAUUUCCCCCUAAAAACCCUAUGGCGCUCCUUCUUCGCCGCUCUGGUCGCAGCCUUCACCCUGCGCUCCAUCAACCCGUUCGGAAACAGCCGUCUGGUGCUGUUCUACGUCGAAUUUCACGCCCCGUGGCACCUGGUGGAGCUGGGUCCCUUCAUCCUGCUGGGAAUAUUUGGAGGCCUCUGGGGGGCGCUGUUCAUCAGGGCCAAUAUUGCCUGGUGUAGGAGACGUAAGUCCACACGUCUGGGUCACUACCCUGUCAUCGAAGUGUUGGUCGUUGCUGCGCUGACCGCUGUGAUUGCGUACCCAAACAGCUACACCCGGAUGAGCGGAGCUGAGCUGAUCUCGGAGCUGUUCAAUGACUGUUCUCUGCUCGACUCCUCUCAGCUCUGUGGCUACAAACAGCCACCCAACAUAUCAGAAACGGGUGUUGGCAACAGUCUAGCAGACCGGCCUGCCGGACCGGGCCUCUACACCGCCCUGUGGCAGCUGGCACUGGCUUUAAUUUUCAAGAUGAUGAUCACCGUCAUUACUUUUGGCAUGAAGGUUCCCUCGGGGCUCUUCAUCCCCAGCAUGGCAGUGGGAGCGAUUGCUGGCAGACUGCUGGGUGUGGGCAUGGAGCAGCUGGCCUACUACAACCACGACUGGUUCAUCUUCAAAGGCUGGUGCUCGCCAGGAGCAGACUGCAUCACCCCCGGACUUUAUGCCAUGGUCGGAGCUGCUGCCUGUUUAGGUGGAGUGACUCGUAUGACGGUGUCACUGGUAGUUCAUCAUGUUCGAGCUGACUGGCGUCUGGAGUACAUCGUUCCCCUCAUGGCUGCAACCAUGACCAGCAAAUGGGUGGCCGACGCAUUUGGAAGGGAAGGAAUCUAUGAGGCUCAUAUCAGGCUUAAUGGAUACCCGUUCCUGGAGCCCAAGGAGGAGUUUGAGCACAGCAGCCUGGCUGUGGACGUGAUGAGGCCCAGGAGGUCGGACCCUGCGCUAGCGGUACUCACACAGGAGGGAAUGACUGUCGGGGAGGUGGAGGCUUUGGUGGAAAGCACCCACUACAGCGGCUUCCCUGUGGUUGUUUCCCAGGAGUCCCAGAGGCUUGUGGGAUUCGUACUCAGAAGAGACCUGCUCAUAUCAAUAGACAACGCCCGAAAACGCCAGGAGGGCGUCGUCAGUGCCUCUCAGGUGGUCUUUACUGAGCACGCCCCCGCCCAAGCCGCAGAAGCCCCGCCUCCCCUUCGCCUCCGAGGCAUCAUGGACCUCAGUCCCUUCACCGUCACCGACCACACGCCCAUGGACAUCACUGUGGACAUUUUCAGAAAGCUGGGGCUGCGCCAGUGUCUGGUUACACAUAACGGGAGGCUGCUGGGAAUCAUCACUAAAAAGGAUAUACUGAAACACAUGGCACAGAUCGCCAACAGAGACCCCGACUCCAUCCUUUUCAACUGAUCCUUCCCUUCAGCGUCCUUCACUUGUCCUCUGUAGACCAGGGGACAAGACAAUUAGGACGACGACGACGAUGAUGAUGCAGCGGACGCCUUCGCCUCUGCGACGUAAGACAAGUUAGUAGAGCUGCGUUUGCACAUGCGACUAGAGAACAGUGGAUAUUUUUUCAUAGGAUGGAGGUGGUUUUUUUUUUUGUUUUUUUUUGGCUUGUGCGCUGUUGAGGAAAAAAAAACACUCACAGAAACAAUGAGUCAUCCUAAAGACACUGCUGGCCCCAAUUUGGUGUUCGACCCUGAAGGAUCUAGGACAGAUACACAUGAGAAAUAAGUGGAAUAGUUCACAUCUGCUGCUUUUUGGCAUCCAAUCCUUCCGCUUUUUUUUUUUUUCAAAGAAGAAAAGAAAAUCGUGUCUAGUCAGUUCGACGACUUGUUUAUCAGAAAAACACGUGAAAGGAGGUUAUAGAUACUGACAUGAGGAGAAUAAAGACACAACGGGGGACAUAAAGACAGGUUUGGGGAGCUCCAUGCCUGCCCCUCCGGCUGUCCCGACGAGGACAAGCCCAGACAGAGACCUCUGAUCCGGGGCUGAUGGAUGCUUCAACCCCCUCCCCCCUCUAUGAGGUUUCCUAUAACCCCAGGGCGAAGGAUACAGGAGUGUGAGAAAAGAAUCUCACACAUACACUCCAUUGAGACAUCAUGACAGCCUGGGAACUCUCCAGAAAAUGUCUUAUUGUCAUUUAUACUCUCGAGGUUUGUCAUACGACGACGUUUACCCUCCUGGAUCCAUCCUGGGAACUCUGCAGUGGUGUCCCGCCGUGAAGACUCUCAGAUUAUAUGGGUUAUAGCAAUACGGCGAUGAUACUCUCAUAUGAAAUUCACACAUACACUCAGAGACGAUGCUGCAAAAACCAGGUCAUGCCUUAUGGAAGGGUGGUCAGGCUGCUGUGGAAGGGCUAAAAAAGUACAAACAGCGAGAAUCAUGACAUAUGAAUUAAUUUAUGUAUAUGUAAAAUUGUUUGUUCCACUAAAUUAUUUCACUAACUGAA